AUGCGGAUAUUGGCGUCUCUCACCCUUUUGCCGGCCGUGCUGGCCGCAGACAUCAAAGUCCAGAUGCUCUACCAGCGUGUAAUGGCUGUGACAAUGACAACGACCAAGUCAGCUCCUCCGACGGAGUGUACCUAUACUCCACCGCCUAGGAACUGCGAGAGAGCCUGUGGAGUGGGAAACGUUCCCUGUGUAAACGAGACCAGGUGCUACAAUCCAUAUAUAGGGGAGGUUUGCUGUAUGGACGGGAGCUACUGUCCUCAAGAUACGUACUGCAUCGAUACCGGGUGCUGUCCGAUAGAGUAUACACUCAAGCAAUGCGGUGGACAUGAAGUUCGAAACUAUGACCCUCCUCCAGGAGAAGACAGUUCAACUACAAGGAGACUCUCUUCCACAUCUACAUCUGAAUCCAUCACCUCAUCGUCUACGAACUCUGCCGUAACAUCAUCCGGUAGCGCCCAACCUUCCGGCCCAAGUAGCUCCAAUGACAAAGACGGCAAUGGGGCAUCCAAAAAAGUCAGUGCUAUCAUUGGAGGUGUUGUGGGUGCUAUUGCAAUUGUAGGAGCUGUUGUCAUUGGAGUUGUAUGGUUGAUACUUCGGUCAAGAGCAAAGGAAAAGGCUGCCCGUGCAGCUACUGCAGAAGGAGGUGCGGAUAAUGGCAUGGAGUUCAAAACGCAAGCACCAUAUGGAAGCGGCGAACCAAGGCAAACGGCUUCGAGGUCAGUUAUGGGAUAUUACGCACCUUCUACUCUUGCCCUCACGGAGGCUACAUCGAGCACUCCAUUUUAUAAUGUGUCAACGCCUAGGAGGGUGACAGAAUUGGAUGCUGAAGGGAUAUAUCAUAUAAACCCGACAUCUAGCUCGGUUGCAGAUGACGUUUUAAGUCCUUCGAGUGAAGGGCAGUUGUCCAAGGAUACCAAAUAGCUGGUUCUUGGUUAUUUACAUCCAAGUCUUUGAUGCUGCUUUGAUCUACCUCUUUACCAUGUUAAUUGCUGCUGAUGAUAUUCAUCAAUAUAAAAACGGUUACUAUCCCAUAUCUAAACUUAGUAUGUUAGAAUUUCCAAGGCGGUCUUCAGGUUAUGCAUGAUAAAAAGAAUAGUAGAAUUGCUCGUUUCAUACAGCGCGUUUCAAAAUGUCAGGGUUUAUUUAUAUCAUGGAAAAAUUCGGCUUCGUAUGCCAUACCGUCUCUAAAAGGG